AUGGCCGCCAUCAACGAUCCAACCAUCGCCCUAGGCGACAACUUCACAAAGCUCUCUGGGCCCGAGAACUUCCCAGACUGGUUUCAGUCUUUCAAAGACAUUGCAAAGAUCCAUGGUUACGCUGAACACUUCAAGGACAACGCUGAAGUAGUCGCAAAGCCCAUUGCGCCCGCCUUCCUCGCACCUCGACAAGCCGCCGAUGAGGGUCAAGAGGAAUUCAUUCCGCAGGGUUGGGAGUACCAUCUCGCUGUUUACAACACUCGUCUUCAACAGUGGAAGGACUAUGACGUGGCCUCUCGCUCGGCUUUAGCUCUCCUCCACGCUGCUAUCGAGCCAUCAGUGUGGAUGGAGGCCAGAAACACCAACUCGCCAGCAUCCGCGUUGGAGGCCAUUAUCAGCUACAUUAACUACGAGACGCCAAACGAAGUCUUGUCAGACCGCGCCCGUGCAGUCAUCAGCUCUCUUGACGACCUAAGGACGUCAACUGCGGUUCGCCAAUUCGUUAUCGACUUCAAUGAGCUCUACGGAGACGUCGAUUUCGCAAACGACGCUUCAAUCUGGGCUAUCGAAAAGAUCAAUGAAGCUUUGCCUUAUGGAUACCGCACGUUUGUCAAAAUCUGGAACGGUAACAUCACUGCCCCCCCUCUAUCACUGGCAGGAUGUUCGAAUUGUAUCGGUCUCAUCUUCUCGGCCAUGUUGAAGAGAGUGAAGCCCGGGUAA